UGAGAACAGCGGAUGACCGGACCGAUUAAACCGUAACACAACAACACGUUUAAAUAUGAACAUCUCAGCUGCUAUAGGUUUAUAAUAGAGUCAUUUAUACUAUUAAAAUACAGAAUGUCUUCAUAUGGAAGUCGAUUUCUCCUCACUUAGUUGGAUCAUGUAUUUCGACCGUAAACUGUCUUAUUCUUGGUAGAGUUUUUAGUUAUUAUGGCUUGUAAUGAUGACUGGCAGGUAGCAGGGCGUCGUAAAGGAGCUGCUAAAAGAAGACAACAUCCUUCAAACCCAAAUCUAGACUCACACCAUGUGUCUGACUGCAAACUGGACAAGCAGAAGAUAAUAAACGCAAUGAAUGAACUGAGAGGAGAAAACUUAUGGAUGGAAUGGAGAGAUCUCCUGUCCGAGCGUCGUCUUUCCAAUGCUUCUGGGUCUUCAGAACUGAUUAAAACGUCUCUUCAGUAUUGUGUGUGUUAUGGUUUGGGUAACUUUGCUUCUUGUGUAUCUGCCCGAUACCAGCUUGCAAUGUUAUUACUGCUUCUAGAGACACUCCAGAUUCCAGUAGGCAGUUGCAGUGUGUAUGAUCCAGUGUUUUCUGCAUCAGAGUGUGACGCUCUCAAAGAGCUCGGCUUCACCGUACUUACUGAAAAUGAGGAGGGAAAGCGCCCAGUUUAUCAACCCACCCUGUUUUACCUGAUGCAUUGCGGGAAGGCUCUGUAUAACAACCUGCUGUGGAGAAACUGGAUGCCUCAGACGUUGCAAAAAAUUAUUAUAAUUGGCAACAGUUUUCAUGGCAUUCAAGAAAGGAUGCUUCAGAGAGAGUUUGAGAGAGACUACAGCUUCCUUUCAAAUGUGAUAAGUGUGUGUGACGAGAUGUCUCUGCCCUGCUCACCACGCUUCCUGGAUGUGUUUAAUGACACGGCGCUCAUUCAAUUCCCUCUGGAAAAUCUGAACAAACUGCCAGAAACCAUGUGGAUUGAGCCUUCAGAGCCACUGUACCAACACUGCCAAGAUCUCGAGAUCAUCCAGAGAGAGAAAAGGAGCUGAAAAUGUCACUGCUUUAAACAUUGCUUAGUUUAUUUCCAGUUUCUUCUUGUAUAUAUGAGGUUUUUAUUCAAAUAAUAAAAAUAAGACUUUUUAUCUUGGGA